UCCUAGUUUUGAAUCUCCUCUUCUCUAAUCUUAAAAAUAUCCUACCUCUGUCCUAGACAGCAACAAUGGCAGUGUCCCUUACCUUCUCUCUUGCCGGCGCCGGCGCUGGGAGCCGGCUCAACGGUGAAUUCUGGCAAGUGGGUUUCGUUGAACCUAAGCUUUCUCACACUCAUAAUAAGCUUUCUUCUACUUCCCGUUUCUCCCAUUGCAAUUGUUUUUGGCAACCGCCUGCCAGCAACAAUUUGAUUUUUAAUUCGAGGAGAUUUUCUACUUCGAUUUUGGCUGGUGGGAAAGAGUCUGAAGAUAGCUUUAUUCAGAAUGCAAGUGAAGAUACAGAUGAAAUGUUUGAUAAAUUGUUUGAUAGAUAUGGGAAAGUGGUAUUUACAAGAACUGACAAAAAGUCUCUUAGUGCAGAAGUUGAUGAUGAUGCUGAAAGCUUAUCCUUUGCCGUGGCUAUGGCCAAGGUUGCAAGUGAGGUAAAAGCUGGAGAUAUAAAGGUCCUUUUUGUGAAGCCUCUAGUGUAUUGGACUCGAUUUUUUAUCAUCACCACAGCAUUUUCUCGUCCCCAAAUUAAUGCUAUAGCGUCCAAGAUAAGAGAUUUGGCUGAGAAGAAGUAUGGGAGAGUGCCAACAGGUGACACAAAACCCAAUUCAUGGACCCUGUUGGAUUAUGGUGAUGUUGUUAUCCAUAUAUUUCUCCCUCCACAAAGAGAUUUCUACAACUUAGAAGAAUUCUAUGCCAACGCUACUCCGAUCGAGUUGCCUUUUGAAAAUGAAAGACCACCUUUCCGAGGCUGAGAAACUCUUAAUUGGACGAUGCUAGAAAGGGCCAGGCCGUUUUGAUGGCAUGUGCGGAUCUCAUCUUUUGCAAGCAUUGGUUUUGUUGUUGUUGUACCUUUUCAUCUUACUUCUGCAGAGGCAGAGUGCUAUGCUUACAGUAUACUGUGAUCAAAUGCUUGCUUUAGAUCAUCAAUCAGUGAUGAGGCAACAGGCUUUUCAGCUUAUUAGGUGUUCAAGCUGCGAUGGAGAACAACUCUUGUUAACUUCUGUAUUAGUAUAGUCGUUUACAACCAAGGGGCUACAAGCUUAUGUAUGUUACAAUUAGGGCAAUAUCAUUGAUAGUGUGACUAAGUGAAUGUAGGUCAUCUUUUUUGGCUCUUUUCUUUUUGGUGUAAAUUUUAACAAUAGAAUUGCACUUUUUAUCAAAUAUAUUGCUCAGUAUAUUUUCUUUGGGA